AGAUGCUGUGCCCCACACUCCUCCGUCGUGCGCAGCGCAGAGCAGGAUCUGAUUCCCAAAAUGGUCAGCAUCAAGGAAAUUCUGAUCGUGUCCGUGCUGGUGGCCGCGGUGGCUGUUUCUCCCGCUGAUGCUGUUCCAACGAGACACGCUAGGCCCCGUCCUACUCCUAGUCCCAGGCCAGGAACGUGCCCGGAUACGAGCGACAUCUUCACCCCCUGCGUCGUGACAGAACGGAACUGUUUCUCGGACAGCGAGUGCGGACCCGGCCAGAAGUGCUGUCCGAUUGGCUGCGGGAAAGAGUGCCUGGCUGUGGUUCCUUACGGCGGUGGAAGGUAAAGGGGACACAUUUCAACCUGAUGAUGUCAUAGCGCAUCACGAUUGGCUCAAAGUCUUCUUGGGAAGAUCACUGUGUCAUGAGUCAUUGCAAAUAAAAUUGUGUGGUUUAU